CUGGGCGCCGACGAGACGCUGCCGCGCGCGGCGGACAUGGCGGCGGCGCUGCUGCUGCCCGGCGUGCUCGGCCGGCUGGAGAAGGGCGAGGCGGCGGUGCCGGGCGCGAGGGCGGCCGCGGCAGCGGCAGCGUUGGCGGAGGACGAGGCGUGGGCGAGCGAGGCGUACUCCAUCGCGCGCACAGCAGCGCCGGCGGACGGAGACGGGCGCCGCAGAGACCUGGGCCGGGGUACAAGGAGCGGACAGACGCGACGGCGACGGCGACGGCGACGACGAGGAUAGCGAUGGAGGAUGC